AGUGGCCGUGUUCCGCCCCCAAUUCGGAUCCUCAAUACAGAGAAGCUCUUUCAAGGUGGGAUUCUUGAAGGCAUGUUUCUGUACCAACCCUUUCAUCAAAAUGAAAGAAGAAAAUGUGAGGAAUCUGUUCAACUGUGGGAAUCGAUCAAACGGGAUGGGACAAGCAUACCAGGUGUUCUUUCACGCCGGGGCAUCCAUUACGUAAAUAUGCAUGGCCUUUUGCAUGUAGAACAAACAAAGAAGCCUGUAUUACCCCAUCUUUAGCCCCGAGGGGAGGGUGUGUAAAAAGGAAGUUGGAUCACAAUAUGUAGCAUUUUUCCAAUACCUGUCGUGCACAGUGGAGGAUGUAUUGUAGCCUGAAAAAAAGUUACUUUUUAACCAUGCUGAGAGAUGUGUAUGGUACUAUUCUUUUGUGGUACUAGUGUACCCAACAUUUUUCUGUAGUCGUUUAUCUUAUUGAGGGUAACAGGGUCCAGAGCCUAUGGGCACGAGGCAGGGAACAACCCAGGAUGAGAUGAACUCAUACACCCUUCACACUUAUGGCCAAUUUGGUAGUUAACCUUAGCGUGUUUUUAGACUGGGACAGGAAGCUGGAGUGCCCAGAGGAAACCCCACUACAGCACAGGGAGGAUGUGCAGUCUCCACACACACACACACACACACAGCCAUGGCUCUGACACAAACCCUGGUCCUAGAGGUGGGUUAGCAACGGUACUAACCACUGUCCCAACCCUGUCUAUUAUUUUCCAACACCGUUUAAUCAGUAUAGAGUCACGGAGAGCCAGGCCUAGGAAGUACGGAGAAAACUGGGGUGUUGUGCAAUGGAAUUCCGUUCUUACGCUAUGGACGAUUAAGAGAUCAAUUCAUCUAGCUCUCAUAUUUUGAAUUGUGGGAGGAAAGCCAUAUAAAAUCAGGGUGAAUUCCACAGACAAAGCCGGUGGCAACGCGGGAGGUGUGAGACCACCGUGUUACAGGGUCUUAAUAUAAUAUUCCUGGUUUUACACACAGCUCUCUGCGACAGUCCGUUCAAAGCGCGUGGUGACGUAAUGGAGAUUAUUUCCGGCGACAGUCCAGUAGAUGGCGCACAGCGGAAAGUCGCGCGUUGGAGACGAUGCGUUACUUUUACCGAGUUUAACCCCAAUCAUGCGAUUUGCGUGUGUGCUGCAUGAGAACCAUGCUCGUAAAAAUGCUUUAGUCACAAAAGCACUGCACGAGGAUCCUGUCUCUACGGUAACAUCGACGAGAUGCUGUACGAUAAUUAGCUGAGCCUGAGAUACAGAUGAUGAUCUUAGUUUUCCUGCUGGGCGUUUUCUCUUGGAAUUUCUCUUUGGCAGUGUGGAAUGAAGAAAAGCACGUUGUCUGCUCUGGGAAGGAUUUUAACCUCCCCAUCAAGUCUAGAGUCAGAAUGGUCAUGUUUAUCCCCAGUUCUCCCCCUGGACCUACAAGAGUGGUACUGGACCACAACAAGGUGAUGGAUCCCAGGUAUGGCUGGACAGUAGAAAAGAUCUUGCAGGUAAAAGAGGUGACAGGGAAAGACCAGGGACUCUUUAAACUGAAGAUGUCCUCGGGGUUUGUUUAUAAGAAGAUCUAUCUCACUGUAGUAGACUGCAUCAAGAGCAUCAGACGUUUCUAUGGAGAUGACUUGAAGAUCGACAUCUCCAGCGGUGGCACUUUGAUGGAAUUUUCCCCCAAAUCCUCCCAAUCAGUUUCCCAACCCACAACCUUGUGGAACAGCUCGGUCCCUUCGAAAGGCCAGCAGAGCAGGUGGAGUGUGAAGGCUGGACACUGGAUUCUGGAAGGGCUGACUCAAGCAGACCAGGGGAAUUACACUCUGAGAGAUGUUAACAGGCAACUUCUGUCAACGGUCCAUCUAAUUGUUGAAGAACAUGGCUUCAGCUUUACCUACUUUACUGGUGACUCCUUGAUCCUUCCACUCUUCCUUCCUUACUCCAAAGCCCAUCUGUCGUUCAUCCCCUCCUAUUCCUCCCCUUCAUACGUUUCCAUCACCGACCGGCCUGCCGUCCUGCUCGUGCAAGGUGGCGAAGUCGUGGCCACCGCAGAGCAGUACAGGUGGCAGUUGAUGCUGGCCCGAGUGGGUGAAUCCCAUGAGAUUGUUAUCGAGCAGCUGAGACUGGACAACACUGGUGUGUAUGAGGUCCGAGACACGGAGGGCAACCUCGUCUCCUCCACGUGGCUGGAGGUCGUUAAAAAGCCGAAGUGGAGAGCGAACUUUAAGUCAGUGGCUGCUCCAUUGUGCGGACUUGGCUUUAUGGCUGUUAUUGUUCUUCUUAAGAAGAAAUACCCGUCGUGGAGCAGGCCGAGCAGAAACACUCAAAGAAAUGCCAGCGUCACCCCUUUCGGCGCUCACCUGUACCGUGAGACCUACAGUUACCCCUUCACUCCCCAAUUUCCCAGUCACCCCGUGUGGGACGGAGCACAGAAUUCUGGGAAUUGUGUCUCUCCAAUGGCAGACAUCACUUCAGUAGCAAAAACUGCAUGCACACCUUCAGCUGAAACAGAGGCACUGGUUGACAGGGGACAGACAGACCCUGCUAAUAACAUUCUGCAGACUCGGGGGAUGGAGGGAGAGAGGAAGGCAUCCAUCACUUUCCCACUGAGCUCCGACUGCUUGCGCUCCACUGAGCCCUACGUCCAGUUCCAGAUUAAGAAAACGGGAAAGUCCACCCAAGGAAAGGAGUAUCUUUCUGUACUGCCACUCAGCGCUAAUACAUCUGACUGCUGCAGUGUGUACACCUCUGACAAGCUGAGCUUCUCAUAGAGGACAAGAAAGCCAGGACAUGGAGAGCAAAGUCUUGGGAUUUUGAUUGGGUUCAGUGUGCACUGUUAGGCCGACAUUUAUGUAUUUAUUUGAUGCUUUUGUCCAAAAUGACUUACAAGUGAGAAAAGUCUGAGGGAGGACAAUAGCCUGCAAACCUGGGGUAAUUGGAGUUAAAGGCCUUGGAGUUAAAGGACCCAGAGGUGAUGUGAUUACCCCACUGGUCAUGGGAUUCAGCCCCACCACCUUCUGGACAAACACAGAAAUCCCUAAUUCACCAAGCUUCACACUGCCUCUACAUGUUGUGGGGAUGUUUGGGGGGAAUAGGAUCACAUCACCGUCCAAUAUUCUAUGAUUUAAGUGUAAUCUAUCACAAAUUGUAAUAUGGAAGUUUGACUCUUUGGUCUACAUCUUGUGCACAGUUAUUAUCAACACUACCAAAUGGCAUAAGAUAUUUCAGUAACUGGGACAUUCUCGCGUUUUUUGUUAUAUUAGUUUAAAUUUUUUUUUUCUCUACACUGCAGAGGUUGCUGACAAUCUCAGGAUUUUACACCACCCAGGAUUCUCUCUGCUACCUCUCUAUCCUUGGGAUUGCUGCAUAGUGUAAUAUCAGUAAUAUGGUUACACAACUAUUAUUAUGAGUGCCAUUGAUCUAUGUGCAUAGUCAUAAUUUAAAAAUUGAAGAUAACGUAUACUAGGUGUACUGUGUACCAUAAUAUUUUUGUUGCACACUGCGUUAAGACAAAGGGAAAAUGGACAGGCAAACCAUUUCUUAUAGAUAAGAAGCUAUACUCCUGUGGGUAGGGAAGAAAAUGUAGCCAGCAGAAUUAUAUUUUACAACGAUUUUCGGUUCAUCUGUUGUUAAUUUCCUCAAGCAGCAACAUCUAUAUUACAGUCUCGAAAAUUUUUAUAUGGUGGACGACAAUAUGAUGCUUCCUCAAGGUUCUGACGUAAAGCGUUUUGGUGUCCUGUCGUAAAGUGAAAUAAAUGUGGAGGAUCGAAAUCCUUUCCUUUCAA